AUGAUACGGGUGGCUAGCGCUAGGUGGGGUCGAAAAAAGGAAAAGCCAUCACAAGCAGAGGACAACCAAACCAUCAGCUCUCUACAGGGAGGAGCACCCACUGAGAAUGAAAUCCAUUCUCCGUCUACCACAGAGUGGUCCCGGAAUCCUAGUCAAAAAACAAAGAAAUUCAAGAAGACAAAGAGCAACAACGGCACUUCACGCACACAAGUUGAUCCAGAUCCAGUGGAGGCUAUUGAAUGGUCCCGAAAUCCUCGUCGUUCCAAAACAAGGAAAGUAAAGAAGAAAAAGAGCAGCGAUGACAAGUCAAUUGAUUCCACAUCAAUCAAAUCGGAAUCAGAUCGCCCAAGAGAUGCCCGAAAGAAACGAAAGGGGAAGAGAAACAAACGAGGAAAGAAUGCAAACCUAGUCAUCGACGAUAGUCUUCCAACUCGUGACUUCACUUUUGAAUGGUCCCGGGUAUCUGGUGCCUCGGAUCCAAAACACAAGACGGAGAAAACAAGUGAUUACAUCGACGAAGAUGAGACAUCUCUCAAGUCAUCAAAUAGCGAGUAUCCAAAGAAGACCAAAUCUGCAAGAUCUAUGGACUCGGGCAGUAGUCAUAGCCGAGAUGUAUCGGUCAAGUCGUCUGCUAGCCGCAAGCCACGCAGGAAGAAGAAAUCUACUAAAACUGACGACGUCGAAGACAGUGGCCACAGCCGGUCCGAUGUCUCCCUGAAUUCAUCGUCAAGUCCAAAGAAGACCAAAUCCUCAAGGCACGUGAUCGACGAUUCCAAUGAUAGACAAAAGAAACUCAAAAGAAACAAAUCUACCCGAAGCGUUGACUCGGCGAGCAGUCGUAGCGUGGAUCGUUCCACCAAAUCAUCAAACCACCGUCGGAAGCUACCAAAGAAGAACAAAUCGACUCGAAGUAUGGACUCAACUAGUAGUCAUCGCCUGAAUAAGUCGCCGAAGAAGAAAAAAAGCAGACGUGACAAGUCCAUUGAUUCCUCUCCACGCACUCCAGACGAUGCCCCAAAACGCAGGAAGAAGAAGAAAAAACACUCAGACACGAGCGAUAGUGCCCAGACUCGCGAUUUCUCCUUUGAAUGGUCCCGAGUACCUGCAUCGAAUACAAUGCAACACAAGGAAGAGUCUGAAUCUCCGAGUGACCACUCUGAAGCAGACGAAGAAGCGUCCCUAUGUACAUCCAGUAGUAGUCACAAGCCUCUAGAGCGCACCGAACCUCGAAAUCCACCAGGAAGGACCCAUUCCGGACAUAGCGUGGGCUCUUUGAUGAAUCGCAGUAGUACUGAGUUGACGCGAAUACAAUCAAAACUUGAGGACAUCAAAUCGUCUCGAAGUGUGGAAAAAUCAAGCCAUGGUGACAAAGAUGCAAUACAAAAGGAGGAAGAGCCUCACAAACCAGCAGGAAGGACCCACUGCCCGAAGAGCGUGGACGCUCUGGUGAACCGCAGUAGCACUGAGUUGACGCGAAUACAAUCAAAACUUGAAAAGUUAAAGUCGUCUCGCAAUCUUGACUUAUCAAACCGCAGUGCCAAGGAAGAGGAGUCCGUGGAUCAGGUGGCGAUGCAAAAUAACAAAUCGCCUCGAGCGAUUACCGCUGAUGACAAGAAUGAUGGACGUUUCGCAAUCUCACACCAGCUACGGAAGGAGCUUGAGCCUGAGCCGAACGGAGAGCACAAGAACCUCCAAAGAUUCUUUGCAGAUCUGGAAAAGUAUGAAACGGAUCUCAUGGAUGAGCAAAAUGUUUUGGAUUUGGAAAAACAGAAUUUGCAAUCCAGAGUGUUCGAACAAGUCAAGAGACAGGAACAGCUCGAAACGACAUUGCAUGCGCUACAGGAGAAGUAUCAGGUGCUGUAUCUUCAGUUAGACGACGUAGAUCACCCGGUCGAUAGCAUCCAUACUCGCAGGGAGAUGUUGCAAACGGAAAAUGAAGUAUUACGACUUCGAAUCAAACGCCAAGAGGCCACUUUGGAAAAGUACCAGAAAUCCAAUCUAAUGAAAAGCCGAGAGAAUUUUCUCAUGAGCGAAGUUUUGCUAGCCUCGUCAGCUGUAUCAUCACUUACUCAAUCUGCACCGCAAAUAAGGGGCGAACUAUUGGAGCUCGAAGCCAAGUUGAAGGAGAGAGAUAAGACACUUGAAGAGCAAGCCUUGCAACGCAAUGAAGUGAAGGCUGAAAUUGGCAAGGUGCAACACGGAAUCACGGGAGGAGAUGAAAUGCAUGUGCUGCAAACUCGUAUUGCGGAUCUUGAAAAGGAGAAGAAGGACUUCAUGGCGGAGAUAGCUCGUCUCCAUAAGGAGGGGAGCGAAACGCAAGAGCAAAAAGAAAUUCCUAGAUUUCAGAGAUCAUUAUCGCACGAUGAGGAAGAGGAUAAGGCAGAUGUGGCAGACAUGAAAUCGAUCCUAGAAGAAGGUGUUAAGGAAGAUAGUACGGAGACUACUAAUGAAAAGACGCAAGAUGUUGGAUUUGUCGGUUGGUUGUUUGGAGUCCAAUCCUGA